UUGUCGCGGAAGAAACGAAUUGAAAUAAAAGCAGAGAUAAUCAAAUCAUCAUCACAAUCGAAUCCAACGGUCACAGAACAAUGUUGAGAAAUGCUGUCCGUACGAUCAAGCCACUCGAGAAGCGCUGCUCAUUCUUUUCAGCUUAUGCUCGCCGGAAUGUUUUGAGAUCCGGCGGCGCCGCCGGCGAAGAUAUGCUGAUAGACGACGUGACGGCGACAGUGAAGCCGCUGGUGGAGCCCACUCUUCUCCAGCCACGUGUCGUUGUUUACGACGGCGUUUGUCAUCUCUGUCACGGCGGGGUCAAGCAGGUAAUUCGAGCAGACAAACACAAGAAAAUUAAGUUUUGUUGCCUUCAGUCUAAGGCUGCCGAACCUUAUAUGAGAGUGUGUGGUGUUGAGCGAGAGGAUGUUCUUCGCCGGUUCAUAUUCAUUGAAGGCCCAGAAGUGUAUCACCAAGGAUCUGCAGCUGCAUUGAGGGUGCUCUCGUACUUGCCUUUACCAUACUCAGCUCUGAGCUAUCUUAUGGUUGUUCCCAGACCUAUAAGGGAUGCUGCCUAUGACUACGUUGCCAAGCGGAGGUAUUCCUGGUUUGGGAAAGGGGACAGCUGCUUGGUUUUGCAGGAGACAGAGUUGCUUGAACGUUUUGUAGAUAGAGAUGAAUUGCUAGAUGAUAAGCAAUCCGAUCCUUGAUCAGCUCAGUCAGUGCUUUUGGAUGCAUGUUGGAUCUUUUUCCAUCACUGAUAUCUAGUCAGUUACCUUAUAUGAAAGGCUAUGUAGAUACAUGUUGCUGGUAAUCAUAUACACGGGAAAUCUAGUUUUAGAGAGGUUCGGAACUUGAUUGUUCUCACUUUGCAAGGAUAUGAAACAUAUUAAUUAUUCAAUGCUAUAUAUAUGUCUUAA